GGGAGGGUGUUUUCUGCAGCAGAAACCAGAACUCCAUUCUCAUGGGAUGAGAGAGAAACAGAGAGAAAAUCAGAGUGGGGUAGAGAGAGAAAAUGGGUUUUUGAUUUUGGGUUUAAGGGAAGGGGGAGAAGGCUGUUGUUCCACCAACUGGUAGUUAGGGAUUGAGCUUCUUAACCAAACGCGAAGAAGAAGAAGAAGAAGAAGAAGAAGAAAAAGAAGAAGAAGAAGCAGAAGAAUGAACAGUGAAGCAUUUCUUUGAACUGGGUUUCAACCAAAUGAUCAAAUAAAAGCAGCCACAGCCACAAAUAGAGAGGGCUCUUUUUUGUUUUUGGGGGUGGAAAAAGAAGAGACGGAUAAAUAAAGAGAAAUUAAAGUCAUCAUUUAGAGAGAGAAAGAGGAGAUGUGUGUUACUCUCACGUGGGAAUUGAUGCAAAUUAUAGAUAAGAAUCGUAUGGUUUUAAAUUUGUAGAUUGUCUUCAAAAUCGAAGUCCAUACACCUCGCUCUCUCUCUGUUCUGUUUGAUUCUUCUGGGCUUUCCUUCUUUUCGUUUUUACCCCCUUUCUUUGAGAUCUAUUGAUUUGUUUUAUAGUUUCUAUACUUUAAUCCCAUGUGUGUUUCGUUUAUGUUUCUGGGUUUUGGAGAAAUACCAUUAUAAAGUGAGAUUUAGUGUUGUGUUGGUAUCUGGGAAUUACUUGGGAUUUAAACGUGUUUGGUUGGGGGAAGAUUGUUUUGGCUCCGCCGAUCGGAUGCUGUUUCCGAGCUUUUCUGUUCCCCUCUACGCCCACAAUCGUCGCGGGUUUCCUGGUGACUACAAUACUUGAUUUUCAUAACGGUCAAAGCGGAGAAGUUCGAAUUGAGAGAAAAGAGAUAUGGCUACUUACUAUAGCUCGAAUAACGAAAGGGAUACUGCUCCCAUCCUCUAUUCAAGGGGAGCUUUGCUUGGUUCAUAUGAAGAAACAGCAGUUCUUCCCCGGAAUAUGAUGAUGCAUGUGAAUUCUGGGACAUACAUGGAUUCGCAAAACGGUUGUGGUCAGUUAACGUCAGUUGGAGCUGCAGGAACCACCCAACAGCAGCAAGAAUUUUUAUCGAAUCUCGGUGGUUCCCAAAUUGCUGAGCAUGAUUUCAAUACAUGGAGAGAGGACAGAAGUGAAAUGCUAGGUACGAACUCGAUGCGUGGACCGGCCAAUGUUCUUCAUGGUGGGCAGAAUUUGCAGGGUCAGGGGUUAUCCCUUACUCUCAGUACACAAAUACCAUCUGGCAUCCAAAUACCUUCAAUCCCAUAUAGGAAUUCGGAUAUGGGUUUAACUUCAUUCUCGAGUCCUAAUCCGUCUAAUUCUGGUGAGGAUGGCUGCAGAGAUGGCGGUUCUAGAGACGAACCGUUGAGAAAUGGAGAAAACUUGCCACCUAAUUUUCAAGAAUUGGCUAAGGGUGAAUUAUCUCAGUACAACAUGUCUAGUAUUGCAAGAACCAUGCCCAAUUCAAAGUACCUCAAGGCAGCUCAACAACUGCUUGAUGAAGUUGUUAAUGUCAGGAAAGCCUUAAAGCGACCAAAUAAUGAGAGAAACCCGAGCUCACAUGACCAUGAAACUAGGAGCACAAAGAACGGUGAUUCAGGAACCAAAAAUGACAGUUCGAUGCUCACAGCUAGCGGAGUAUCUUCGAACCCUCAAGAAACUGGUAGCAAUUCAACAUGUGAGCUCUCACAUGCUGAAAAGCAAGAUUUGCAGAACAAGUUGACAAAGCUUUUAUACAUGUUGGAUGAGGUUGAUAGAAGGUACAAUCAGUAUUAUCACCAGAUGCAGAUUGUGGUGUCAUCAUUUGAUGUGAUAGCAGGAUGUGGAGCUUCUAAGCCAUAUACUGCACUUGCGCUCCAGACUAUAUCCCGUCAUUUUCGGUGCUUGCGGGAUGCAAUAGCUGGCCAAGUUAGAGCUACCCGUAAAAGCCUCGGAGAGCACGAAAAUUCUGGAAAUGACAAAGGAGUUGGAAUCACUCGUCUUCGAUAUGUGGACCAGCAGUUAAGGCAACAGAGGGCUCUUCAGCAGCUUGGAAUGAUACAGCAGCAUGCAUGGAGGCCUCAAAGAGGGUUGCCCGAGAACUCUGUUUCGAUUCUCCGUGCUUGGCUGUUCGAGCAUUUCCUUCAUCCGUAUCCAAAGGAUUCUGAUAAAAUCAUGCUGGCAAGGCAGACAGGCUUGACUAGAAGUCAGGUCUCUAAUUGGUUUAUCAAUGCACGUGUGCGUCUUUGGAAACCAAUGGUAGAGGAGAUGUACAAGGAAGAGAUAGGCAGUGCAGACAUGGACUCUAUAUCAUCAUCUGAAAAUGCUGGCAGGGCAACCAAAGGAGAUAACAGGACCUUGGAGGAUGAUAAAGAGGAGGAUCUGCAACAAAGUGCAAGUUCAACAGGCACCGAAAGAUGUAGCGCUGGAGAUAUUAUGGAUUUGAAAUCUGAUCAAGUCUCCAAUCUUGGAUAUUCGAGUUCCACCCGGCUAGCCAGCUUCCAAAAUGGUGCUCACAUAGAACCGCAAAACGAGCUGGUGAAGUCAAGGGAGGAGCUAAGGCCUAAUGUAAAUAACUCCAAUUUCUUUCCUGAUGCAAUUGUACACUCUCAAGCAGGGAGUGACAGGUUUAUGGCUGCUGCUGCUGCCUAUCACAUGUCUGAAUUGGGAAGGUUCAGGACGGUUAGCGGGGUAUCGCUUACCCUGGGUUUGCAGCAUUGCGAGGGCGGUGGCAUACCUAUGCCUGCUGGGACACAUCAUGGUUUUGCAGCCAUGAGAGGAGAUGACAUGUACAAUGCCACAGCGUCUUCUCUCGGGGAAACAGUUCACUUUGAAUGUGUAAAUGCCGGGAACCCGCAACCGAGGUUCGGAACUUCUCACCUUUAUCAUGAUUUUGUUAUGUAAAAGUGCAAACUGUACAAGAUUGCUGAUCUGCAUCAUAUAGUAGAUGAUAUGACCACUGGGAGGAGCAAAGGAACAAGGAUUUCUCUGCAUUAGAACAUAGGCUGUUCCUUUGAGCAAUUUCCUUGCACUGCAAGAUGAUAAAAGAAUGAUUUUUGUCCUCCUUAUAUCAUAUAUAUGAUAAAACCAUAUUUGUAAUAUAUCAUGUAGUUGAUUGGAAGGUUACCUAUAUUUUUCUUGUCUGUGGUUUUCUUGUCUGCACUGCGCAUGAUUCAAUUAGUGCCAAACUUUUGUUUCCCACAGAAAAAUGUUAUCAUUUGAAUAAACUUGAAGUGAUUUUGGCUGGAUAAA